UGGAAACCGUUUCACAUGCCAACGUUGGAUUGUGUAACUCUGUGAAGCUUAUCUUAGGAGUCUGUGACUCAAUGUUUUGUGAAAUUGCAUGUGAGUACACAUUUUACCACAGCAUGGCUACUUUAAGUCCUUAUGUAGCACGGCAGUGUUCUAAAUGCCCAAGGGACAUGAAAUUCAUCUGUACUUCAUGCAGAUGUGAUUUAUGUUCCAGCUGUAAAGAGGAGCAUGUGGUUGAUCUAAAUACAAUGGACCAUGAUGUGAUGAUUUUCCGCAGGAAAAUGACCCCCCAACCGAUUCAAGAGAACUGUGCUAUACAUACUGAUAAUGUUUAUGAUAAGUAUUGUGAAACUUGUGAAUUGCCCAUGUGUUCCUCUUGCUCUGAACAUACAGAACACAAGAAAAUAGAUCUUCAAACCGUAUAUGAUUCACAAGACCAGCGACUCAGAAAAGUUUUUUACAUCGUAAGGGGCAAGAUUCACUUAUACGAAAGUGUUUUGAUGACCGGCAUCAAAGCUGAUGUGAAAACCUGCCAAAAAGAAAUGUGCAAAGGUAACGCAAGUCUUAUUUUGAAUGCCACACGGCUUAAGGGUACCGUUGAUGCAGUUUUAUGUGACGUUGAACUCAUACACAAGUGUUUUGUACAAAAUCUGAAAAGACACAGACAUAUUUCUAGUUUGGUGUGUUCCGAACACUUAUUUGAACAGUCAGCAAAAGAUCCUGUAAAAUUCCUCCUAUCAAAAUCUGCCUUUGGAACAUUAAAAGAACGGUAUGGAUGUGCAAAACAUGCCAAGCUAAGUGUAACCGAAAGACUGAACGCAAAGGGCGUGACGAUGUUAUUGAGCGAUAUAAAGGUCACAGAGGGGCGAAAACGACCUAUAGAAAUUAAACUAAAGUUGAUGCCUGCACCUGUGUUGCAAAAGUCUUUUAAGGCAUCAGAUGUUGACUCCUGUUUCCACAUGGCUUUUGUCACAUCAGAUAGGAUAUGGAUUGGAUGUGAAAACAAUUUUUAUUUGAAAGACACAAACGGCGACACACUUUUUCAUCAAGAGGGACCACUUAAUGAUUUUUCUUUUUAUAAACCUGCUGCAUAUUUUACAGUAACCAAUGAAAAAGAUUUGGUUGUUUAUAAAUAACGAUCAUAACAUCGUUAAACUGUCACAC